AUGUGGGAGCGCUGGGAGGCCAAGGGCCAGGGCGAGGCGGAGAACCUGCAACCGCUUCGUGAAGGAGGAGAAGAGGAAGGUGGACGACGCCAGGCGGCAGGUGCGGCGCUACGAGCACUAGUGCACUACUACCAGCGGUUCCACGCCCACGACUUCUCGUACAAGGCGGAGCGCGACAAGCUGGGGCCGGCCGUCGCCGAUCGCGUGCUGAGGCUGGAGUGGAGCGGCGUCCUGACCAGGGACGCGGCGUGGCUGACCGACGCGCACCGGAGCCUGCUGCGGUGCCGGCAGGUGCUGGCGCGCUCCUACGUGUUCGCCUACUACAUGUUCGACGCCGAGGAAACGGCGACCCGGCGGCGGGAGCCGGGGAGCCUGUCCAUGGCGCAGAAGCAGGCGCUGUUCGAGGACUACCAGCAGCAGGUGGAGGGCAACGUGGAGCGGCUGUCCAAGCUGCUGGGGACCGACGCGCCUGAGCUGCCGGAAGCGGAGAUCCUGCAGCCCUGCAGGCGAAGCAGGACAUCACCAACCUCGUCCGGGUCGUCGAGGCGCACUGCGGGAAGAUGGUUUAAGCCGCACAGCCUCCACAGCUCGAAACCCUCGCCGCCGAUCGGAUUCGGAGAAGCGAAGCGAAUCAAGAUGUUCCUCGGCGCGCUCCCGCGGCGCCCGAGCAAGGAGGCUGCGUACAAGCAGCUGCGGUCGCACCUCGUCAUCAUGGCCUCCUGCGCCGCCGUCAUCCGCGCCGCCCCCUACAUCCUCCACUUCCUCACCCGCGACGGCGACAUCCAGGAGCUCAAGCUUGAGCUCUAG